AUGGCCAAACGAAUCGCCAUUGUAACAAGCAGCACCCGCAGUCUUCGCAUCAACCCCACAAUAAGCCAAUACGUCUAUGACGUCUUAACGACAGACAAAUCGCUCCCAAUAAGCCCAACCCCCAACGACACAGAUGCCCGCCACGUAACAUUCUCAAUCCUGGAUCUAGCAGCCCAAUCUCUGCCCCUCUACGACGAAUCUGUAAUCCCAGCUAGCCUCCCACCCGCAGACCCUACGCCCCACUACAGCAAAGCGCACACGCGAGCCUGGUCUGCCGUUGUGCGCGAGUACGACGCCUUCAUCUUCGUCACACCGCAGUAUAAUUGGAGUAUACCGGCUAGUCUGAAGAAUGCGCUUGAUUAUCUCUACUUUGAGUGGAAGGGGAAGCCGGCUGCGAUUGUGUCGUAUGGAUCGCGAGGGGGUGGGAAAGCGGCUGAUCAUUUGAGAAGUGUGCUUACUGGGUUGAGGAUGCGGGUUGUUGAGACUGCGCCUGGUUUGCCAAUCAAAUUUACUGGGUUUCCGGUAGGAGGGUUAUCGGAGGUGCAAGAGAAGGUUGAGUUGGAUAGGAGAGAUGUCGAGGGGUGGAAGGAGGCUGGUGUAGAGGGGAUAAUGAGAAAUCUUGGGAUGGAGCUUGUAUGUGAGUUAGAUAAGGAGUAA